GGCUGAGGGUUUGAGCUGCCUAAUCUCUAAGCACGUCCCGGAAAUGGUGCAAUCCUCUGCCAUCCAGGUGAACGGUGGGCAUGGGAGGCGAACUGUGGGUGUGUGUGUGGGGGGCGGAUGCUUUUCUCCGCGUGGGGUAAAAUGGAGCUGGUAGCAUCCCAAGAAUCACAAGACCCUGCUCCCACCCGCCCCAUCUGCCAGAAGGGGGUUUGUAGCGGCGGAUACCUGCGGACAAUCUUCCUCGGCAGGGCGGGGAGAAAGAAAGUGGAUUCACCUCCGCGUGAGUCCCGGCUACCUCCGCGGCCUCUCCCGGUUACGCGCAAACAAAGAAGAGCCUUGGGCGGAUGCAGCCGGGCAUCCCUCGCCUUCAGAGCAUCCGAGGAAGAUGCACUCUGGCGCGGACUCCGCAUCCAAGGAAGGUCACCCAGGGCAAUGCGACGGGCGCGGAUGGGCGCUUUUGUCCACGGGUGGGGAACAGCUUGCAGUCAGCGGUCGGCUCCCCCUCGCUCGGCUGCGGCUGCGUCCCUGGUCCUCGUGCCUCCGAGGUAUUUUCUUCUUGCCAGCUCGCAGCUGGCGGAGGCUCGGCUUCCUUAAGACAGUUAAUUAUGCUGCUUUUGUGUGCAGGGUGGGUGGAUGGGGGCAGGGCUGACCAAAAAGCACAGCCCCCUGCCAGAAUCGGUGCUCUCCAUUGGCUGAGAGGGGAGCAUUUCCAAGAGCCUCACCAGGGGCAGAAGCGGAAAUGAUUUCCUGAUGGCGCAUCACAGAUUUAAAAACAAAACAAGGAACAAAUAAAUAAGUGGCAGCGAUGGCCUCAUUCCUUAGAUUAAGAGGGAGGGAGGAAAUAAUAUCCUCAUGGACCCAUUUCAUGGGUCCCUCAGCCGACCACUUACGAUGAGCCAUGGGCCGAAGACCGGGCUGGGUGCUGGGGAGACAGAACCUUCUCAGACACAUUCGCUCGGGGCCUCCGAGGGAAAGGCGCCCCCUGCAGGUGUGCGUGCGUCAGCCCCGCCCUGGAAGACCAUAGAAUGGUAUAGAGUUAAGAGGGCACCCUCUGAAAUCAAACCAUAAGUGGAUCGGGACACUGGCUCAGCCACUGGCUGGGGACUUGGUUGGGACACACACACCGCCCAUUGGAAUAGAAAUUUCAAAAGAGACUUGGUUGGUUUUGUACACUAAUGUGCCAAGGCAGCAGCACGCGUCACAAAGGAGAUGUUCGGGAAAUGCAGGUAGAAUGCACGGACGCUGGCUCCCCUUGUGGGUCUCAGACAACACUCUAUUCACGUGGCUACCCCACUCACUGUAUCAGGGUCGGUCCCCCUCCAAGCCAAAGGCAUAAAGGCAACCGCCCCACAGCAGAGAAGGAGAGCCCAGAGACUCCAGCACAAGAUCUGGACUUUGCACCUCUUGGCUGGAGGACGUGGCGCUCUGGGAAGAGACACUGAGCAGGAAAUCCAGCGCCCAGCCUCCGAUGACUUUUCCCGUCCCAGCUGCUGGAACCAGCUUGGCCGUGCAGCCUGCUCCUGGACUGGGCCCUGCCUUGAUCCCGUUUCCCGAGGCCGCCCAGCCACCCAGGCCCAUCACUCCAGCGGGGUAUGGCGGGUACCAGCCCCACCCCGGCCAGGACCUCGGUUACCGUGGCCAGCCCCAGGAGCCUGUGCCGGCGGCCACCACGGCUCCCUCCUACCAGGACAGUUACAGCUAUGGACCAUCGACAGCCGCUGGUGGCUACGAGAACAAACGGGACCCGCCACCUGCUGCUGGCCAGCCUCAGCUCCCAGCCAUGGCCACGGCCACGCUCUGCCCACCAGGGCCCCAAGGAGCCUACGGUGGCAUUGGGUACAACCAAGCUCAGCCCCUGCCGCAGGUGCCCACCGCCGAGGCGGGGCAGCUGGCCAGCACUUCGCCCUCCACCUCCACCUACCCCCCUGCGAGCAGCACCCUGCCCGCGGCCUCCUCCCUCUCCACGCUGCCUUCCUCAUCCUCGUUCAGCCCGGCCUCCGCCCCGUACACUGGACCAAGCUGCCCAGGCUAUGACACAUCCCUGUACUCAGCAGUCAGUCCUUACUACCCCCCGCUGCUCCUCCCACAGAUGCGGCCGCCCCCGCUCCCAAAGCCCGUGGACUCGUCCCUGUGGGGCGGCUCGGGAAGCAGUCCCAGUGCCCAUUGCACCGACAGCUUUGCCAAGAAGCUACCAGUUGCCACCAAGCUGCCGAAACCCAGGGGUGGCCCCAGGCAGCUCCCGCUUCACUAUUGUGACAUCUGCAAGAUCAGCUGUGCUGGUCCCCAGACCUACCGUGAGCACCUGGAAGGGCAGAAGCACAAAAAGAAAGAGGCGGCUCAGAAUAUGGGCCUCCAGCCCAGCAGCAGCCCACGAGGGGUGCAGGCGCAGCUGCACUGCGACCUGUGUGCCGUGUCCUGCACCGGGGCGGAGGCCUAUGCCGCCCACAUCCGGGGGUCCAAGCACCAGAAGGUCUUCAAGCUGCACACCAAAUUGGGGAAGCCCAUUCCCAGCAUGGACCCGGCGCCAGCGAAUUCGGCCCAGGCCACCAGCACCAGCCAGCCGGCCUCCACCCCCCUCACUGCAGAGAGCCCCCCUGCGGCCCCUGCCAGCCCCAGCAUGUGUGCCCCAAGCAGGCCAGCGCCAGCCAGGAGACCGGACGCCUCGAAGGCCUCGCACAUGGGGCCUCCUGCGCUGCCGGCGGCAGACAGCAGAUCCCCCCAGGCGAAACCGGCACACCCCAGAUCAGAGCGGCCCGGAGAACCGCCCGCCCAAGGAGGCUCUGUGGAAGCUUCUGGAACGUGCUGUGACGCACAGCCGGUGGGCCCAGGCUACGUGGAGGAGGUGUGCAACGAGGAGGGCAGAGUGAUCCGAUUCCACUGCAAGCUGUGCGAGUGCAGCUUCAAUGACCCCAAUGCCCGGGACAUGCACGUGAGGGGGCGGCGGCACCGGCUGCAGUAUAAGAAAAAAGUGAACCCCGAUUUUCCGAUUGCGGACAAGCCCAGCACGAGAGUUCGGAAGCUGCUGGAGGAGAGGCUGAGGAAGCAGCGGCAGCUGAGCAAGCAGCGUCUGGGGGAGCUGCGGCGCCAGCAUGAGGAGAUGAGCAGGCGCUACGGCUUGUGCAAGAGGUGGCUGGAAGAGGAGCCACAGGCGCAGGAGGCACGCUCGGGACGCUCACUGCCCGACCAGCAUUUACCUCCCCUCAGGAGCAGGCCCGGGUUGUCCACAGCCAAGCCUCUGCCCAUGAGGCGGCCGGAGUCCAGCGAUGACCGGCACGUCAUGUGCAAGCACACCGCCAUCUACCCCACAGAGGAGGAGCUCCUGGCCAUCCAGAAGGCCGUCUCCCACUCAGAGCGCGCCCUGAAGCUGGUGUCCGACACAAUGGCCGAGGAGGAUUCCGCACGCCCAGAGCCAGAGGGCGGGGAGUGCAGCCGCCCAGGCCCCUCUGCUCGGAUCCUGAAAGGCGUGAUGCGGGUCGGCCUGCUGGCGAAGGGCCUCCUCCUGCGGGGAGACAGGGCCGUGCAGCUGAUCCUGCUCUGCUCCCAGAAGCCCAGCCGCGCGCUGCUGCGCAGAGUCACGGAGCAGCUGCCCCUCCAGCUCCCGAUGGUGACAGAGGACAAGUACGAGGUCUCCUCCGACCCUGAAGCCAACAUCAUCAUCUCUUCCUGCGAGGAGCCCAGGAUACAGGUCACUGUGUCCAUCACCUCGCCUCUGAUGCGGGAGGACCCCUCUGCAGACCGAGAAGGAACAGCGGCGCCUCCGCCUGACCCGGGAGAUGUCCUGAGCUCAGAGAAGUGCCUCCAGUCGCUGGCUGCCCUCCGCCAUGCCAAGUGGUUCCAGGCGAGAGCCAGCGGCCUGCAGCCCUGUGUGAUCGUCAUCAGGGUCCUUCGGGACCUCUGCCAGCGCGUGCCCACCUGGGGGGCCCUGCCGGACUGGGCCAUGGAGCUGCUGGUGGAGAAGGCUCUGAGCAGCACGAAGGGGCCCCUGAGCCCCGGGAACGCCGUGAGACGGGUCCUGGAGUGCGUGGCCUCGGGGACGCUCCUGACAGAUGGGCCGGGGCUCCAGGAUCCUUGCGAGAGAGACCAGAUGGACGCCCUCGGGUCCAUGACCCUCCAGGAGCGGGAGGACAUCACAGCCAGUGCCCAGCACGCCCUGCGCAUGUUGGCGUUCCGGCAGAUCCACAAGAUCCUGGGCAUCGACCCUCUGCCGCCCCCCAAAACCAGGCCUGGGGCGCGCUUCCGGAAGAGGCCACGGGAGGCAAGCGAGGCUGAGGCCGAGGAGGGCGCCGGCCAGAGGAAGCGGGCCGGCGGGGCAGAGAGGGGCCCGUGUGAGCAGCCUCGCCUCCCCAACGGGACCUGAUGCCCCACCGAAUGGCUGCUUCACCCCUGACGCUGGGCAGUCCUGUUUUCCUUUGCAGUAAUGUUCCAUAGAUUUCUUUAAAGACACUUGUGCUUAAAUCAUUAGCAAAAUCUCUUCAUCUGGCGAUUUCAGCUGCGGGGUUUGGGGCACCGCGCCCCAAGGCCUACCUUCACCCGGGCGAGAAGGUGCAGCACAAUUUUAAACCCUGGCAUUUCUUGCUAGCUUUAAACUCACCCUGUGGCCUACUAAGGGUGUGGGUUUUUAAAUGGCUUUGUGAGGACACACCAGCCGUGCGUGGAUUUGAAAUCUCACGGGCAAGCCCCCUGGGGGUCCCACAUCAGGAAGCCUGUCCCCGGAAGGUAGGUUGGGAGGAUCUGGGGUGGUGGCCAAGCCUGAGAGUGUGCCCAGGCCGGGGUCCUCAGUCCCCAAGCCCAGUCUCCAAACACGCUGCCCCCUCCAGCUCCCCAGCCUGGAGAUGGCCCCGUGGCCAGAGGUCUGCAGGGACUGAGCUGGGCUCGUCCCCUAGCCCACCAUGGGAGGGCCACAGAGCCGAAGCGUGGUGAGCAUGCAGGCUGGGCACGCCCCUGACCCCCGGAGCAUCUGUGACCCCCAUGGCACUGCACCCCGUGCCACUCCGGGCCUUCUGCACUACGAGGAACAGCUCUGUAUGCCUCAUUUGAGGCUGGGUUUGCCUUGUCUUUCUCCCGUCCUCCUUGCAUAGGUGCAGCCAAUGUGGGUCCAGGGCCUGCCCCUUGAAAGUGGAGUCUGGGGGCUCUGCCUGGUGCGGGGCACAGAAUCAGGCGCCUUCUGGCACUGGUGGACAUGACGGCACCCUUGCCCAGCCCCCACCCCGAUCUGUCCAAACUUCCCUCUUUGCGACAACUUCUCUUGUCCGGCUGCCCUGUGGCACUGAAGGAGAUAAGUCCAUCUUUGGGCUGACACGAUCUUUUCUGGUCACUUGAUUGUUUCAAGCUCAUUUCUGUGUUUAAGGGACAGCCUGUGUGUGGCUUCACAUCUAAUGUCUUCGUAGAACUACCUGGAAGUUUGGGGGGUGGGGAAUAAACGAGAUAUGCCUGUC